UACCUGACUCGUCGUGUAUGGGCAUGCGCCAAACAGGUAAACCGGAAAUAAAGACAUUUGUAAUCAAAAGAAUGAAAAUAAUGUAAAACUCCAAAACCUGUAAGAAAUUUCACGGAGAGAAAUGGAAAUUAUUAUUCUGCUCAUCAGUUUCGUUGCUUGUGCAUUUGCAAUUGACCCAAAUGUGACAAUCAUUGAUGAAGCACCAAAAAUGAUUAUUGGUGUCAGUGGCAGGAAGGAAAUGAUAGCUACAAAAGACAAAGAUGUCUUCAUGACAUGUGUAGUACACAACAAACCAGCUGAUAAAAAGGUUGAAUGGAGAGCCAUAGCUCCAGACAAUACAAAUAUUGAAAUCUCAGAAGAUCAAGAUUCUAAAGACGCAUAUAGAUACCAGAUUGAUCAACCUUCCGCCAUUUCAUGGAGGGUCAAAAUCCAGAACAUACAGAUUGCUGAUGAAAUGAGAUAUAUAUGUCAGGUCGAUAUUGGUCUACAAAAAUAUGCCACUGAGGAAAGAUAUAUCAGAGUUACAGAAAAACCUCAGAUUAUGGACUUACUGACCAGUAGUAACCAGUUGGUAGAAGAAGGGGAUCCAGUCCAGCUUACUUGUAAUUGUACAGGGUGGCCAAGGCCAAAUGUUAGAUGGUCAAAAGUUGCUGGUGGGUUGCUGCCAAGUGGAGGACAAGAGUAUGCUGGAUAUACAUUGAAUCUUGGUAAUUCUCGACCAGACCACAGAGGUUACUACAAGUGUACAUGUCAGAAUAUGGUUGGGAAAGACGCCAGGAUUGUAUAUUUAGGGGUUGUAUUCAAACCAACAAUCCAGGUUGGACAGAUGGAACCAGCUCAAGCCUAUGGGUACCAGAAAACAUUGGAAUGUGUUAUAGAAGCUUAUCCAGUGCCAUCAGAAGAUCAGAUCACAUGGACUCAUGAAAAUAUCCCUGUUCCAUCAAGUGCUAAAAUAAAGUACAUAGAAGGAGCCAUGAAUAGAGUGACCACCAAACUCACAAUAAGAGGAGUAGAUCCAAAUGCACUUGGUCUUUACACAUGUCAAGCCAGUAACACUAAGGGAUCAACGCAAGCAAAUAUAAAUUUGAAAUAUUCUAGCCAGCCAACACCAGAUAUUACAGGAGAAAUAAUAAGAAGUGGUGCCUCACUCAUCUCUAUCAGCAUAACAACACUACUCAUGUUAGUCACAGUCGGACUUCUUCAUACGUGUAAAGUCUAGCUUCAAAUAGUGUCUUCAAACUUGUAAAUUCUAGCUUCAUAGAAUGAGUCUUCAUGCAUAUAAAUUGUAACCUCAAAGAAAUCAUUGUCCAUUCAUAUGUAAAUUUGAAAUUGUCAUAAAUUUAACCUUGACAUCUUCAUACUGAGACUUCACUCAACUGCCAGAAUUGAUUAAUUAUUCAUCAGAGCAAUUUCUGAAAUUUGACUGAUAUUUGAAAUAGAUAUUACAUAUGCAAAAAAUUUCAUGAAUUGAGAAUUGAUAGAAUGUUUAUUUUUCGGAGACCUUUUUUUGCUAUUUUAUCGCACUUAUAAAAAAAGACACUUUUUAUUAACAUUAUUAAGAUAAAUUUAAGAUAUUUGGAAUAGAUUUUUUUUUUCAAAAAUUAUUUUUUAGGACAAUGUAAACUUUACUUUUUUAAAAUUAUAUAUUGGACAUGGUGUGCUAUUUAACUUAACAAAGUUAUGAAAGGUAUGUGGUUGUGACAUGUUGUGAAAUUUUGUUUUCCAAUGGUAAGAACUUGAGUGUAUAGUCUCAGUUAACAUGAAAGCUAUAAUUGAUGUAUUUGUUAAGUUUGUUUAUAUCAUAUUUGUAAAUUUAAAAACAUAUAAAUUGUAGUAACAAACAUGCAGUUUUGUUAAUAGGUAUAAAUCAAAUGAUUUAAAAUGCAGGCCAUAUUAAUUCACUUUUCAAACAUUUGACCAAUCUAUGAUGAAGCUUUGAAUAUUUGUAUGAAGUGUCUACAUUUCUUUCAGUACCUGCAUUUGCAUUUAAUGCAAUAUUAAUAACUCUAGUACCAUAAAGUAAACAAAUCAAAAAUAAUUCUAUCUUAAAGCUGCUUAAUUACUUGAGUGUGUUAAAUUUACUUGUUUCCUUGUUAUAGUAAGACGGGUCAUAAAUAGAGUAUUAUAUUUGUUUACUACAAAAAAAGUCUACAUGUGCAUGAAGUAAUGUUGUUUUUACUAACCAAUCAAAAGAGGGAAGAUUUAAUUAGAGUACCUUGUUUUUUUCCUGUUUGUGCUAGCUGAUAAAUUAAACAUUUUUUAAUUAACAAACAUUCAAUCCCAAUUUAAUAAUUCAAACUACACGCUCAAAUUCUUUAUAUUAAUAAAAAUUGCACCUGUUGUUUUCGAAAUUUUUAAGUACAUUCCAUUUUUUUAUUAAUUGUAAAUAUGUAAAUAUCAUCACUAUAUUUGUAUAAAAUGUGUAUAUUUGGAUGCAACUUUUUACAUAUCAAUAUCUGUCAUAGUUUUUUUUUAUAGAUCAUAUUUUGAUUAUUUACUACAUUCCAAAAUUUCAGGGAAUAACCAAAACUACAAACCCUGAUUUUAUUGAGUAUAAAUUUUAAGAGUUUACAAUUUUAAAGUAUUAUUAUUUUAUUUACUUUUUGCUAAUAUAUAAAUCAAACUUUCACCAGCAAAUCCAUUUACUUUUUCAGUUUUAAUUAUCUGCAGUUAAAAUUCAACAGAUACUUAUAUAUAUCUUUGGUUAUACUGAAACUUUCAGAUAUUUUUCAAGUACAUGUACUUCUAAAGUAUUCAUGGUUGCUAAUAUAAAAAAAAAAUAUAGAUGUGUUUCACUGCCUGAUUCGAAACAGAACAGACGUAACAUGCGCUCAUGGUGCAGCUGUUUAUUCUGAACUGGUUCCAUUUUAAGCUUGAUAUGUAUGUUAAACAUGUUUAAUGUUUUUAUUUGAUAUAAUGUUCAUUCCAAAUUCUUGAAGGUGACAUAUAAAUCUUCCAUCAUUGUACAGUGUGAAGUAAAAGAUAUAUAUUAAAGGAAUUUUUAUGAAAUCAUAGGAUUAUAGUUGGAUUUUCAUUGUAUAUUACAUUACUCUAUGACACUGUAGUAGGUACAUAUCAAAAGAGUUGCCAUACACUGUAUACAUGUUAUAAUUUAUGUGUAACAUAGUUUUUUAUUGUGUAUUUUUAUAUUGACAUUUUUGUACAUAUUUUAGUUUUAUCAUAUAAAUACUUUUGUUUGGAUAUGAAAUAUAUAAAUUUUAAGGACUCAGUGCUACAUUAAUGUAUUAGAAAUUUAAAUUGUUGAUUUAAUAAAAAAAAAUCUAGAGGAUAAAAAGACAUUUUGAUGAACAGAAAAGAGAAUUAAAAAAUUUAAAGUACAAUCUAUUAAACAAAAAUAAAUUAUUGCAUUAACAACCAACAGUUUUGAUUGUCAAUUAUCAUGUUAGUGAUCUAUUCUGUUUAGAUUUUUUUAAAUUGUUAGUUUCUGAAAUAAAACUCUUUGAUUCAUUAAAUUUACCAAAGUUCCUUCUGUCAAGUUUUAAUUUCAUAUGCAUAUAAGUUUUAAAACUUCUGGUGACAGGAAAAAACAAAAUAGAAUAGAUUGCUUGACAAAAAUUUGGUUUCAAGAUGAAUGCUUUACCUUGACCUUGUAUUUUAUUGUAUUUAUAUUUUAAUUUCUGAAGAUAGUUUAAAUUUUAUUCAAAUAUUUUAUUGCAUUUUUGUAUUUCCAAUCACAAUUAUAUACAAAUAAAUGUAUUUUACAUUAAAUUUGAUAUAAAAUAAUACAGAUAAAAGUU